UGCCCCUCCGUCAUCCUUGACAUUGUCGUGUAUCGAGAAUCCUUGACUUUUUACACAUCCUUUCUAAAGAAGCGGCGAGAACGAAUCAUACUAAGAUAUGUCUGACCCGAUCCACUCUACCGGCCGUGGUGGUGCUGGCAAUAUCGGCCCUGAUACUACUGCCUACACGGACGGAGGCAUCAUUCGCGAAGGCGUCCAAGGCGAGUCUGCGGAUGGCGCCUACUCUACCGGCCGCGGCGGCACCGGCAACAUAGGCAUGUCGCCCCGACUCAAUCCUCAAGAAGGAAUCCCGCGCCGCUCUCAGGACAUUAUCCCCGAGACGGCACUGCGCGAACACCAGGAGAACUUCCACACAGGCAGGGGAGGCGAAGGCAACAUCCACAAGGACAAAUACGGCGGUCACAGCCACUCCCCCGACCGCAAGGGCGUCGUGGACAAAGUCAAGCAUGUGCUCCAUCUGGACAAGGAUAAGAAGCCCGCGUCCCCGUUAGCCAGCGAGUCUAAGGACUAAGUGCUCUCUUUCUGUAUCCGUAUGUAUCACGGUCGUGUGUGUGACCCGGGAGAAUUAAUGGAUGGCUUGGCUUGGCGUAUAGAUAGGGUGAUUGUCUAGAGAUGAUACCAUUGAAGGCUGAAGCAGUUUCUCAGGGGGACAGUGAGAAACAGCCUAUGUUUUGUUUUAUCAAAUGUGUGUUUUAUGUGCCCC